CCUAGAAGGAAGAAGUGAUAGGAUUUACUGCCUGAAUUUUGCUGUAGUCCAGAGAUUGCUUCCUGUAGUGUACGGGUACAAUGACCAGAAUCUUCAGCUUCACCUGUCCAAAAUUAGCCUCCUGACAUCAAGUGGGAAAAUUCUCUUUCUUGCCUGCUCUUUUUUAUCUCCUUGCUUUCACUACUGUCUCAGUCCAUGAUGGAGUUUGAUGUUUGAACUCUGCUUGGCAAACUAGGAUUUCAUAGGGACAUGGGCUGGCAUAGCAGUAUUUGAUUCCCACAUGAUCCCUAGACAGAAGAUAAGCACUUUGAAAUUCACUUCAGUAGAUGAGGAAUGCACUGGGUAACCUGGGAAAGAUGGUAGUCUUCCAGGAAGAUGCUUUCCAGCAGUGCUUUUGGCACUUGAAGGAAGCAUUUUUGGAAAGUAGCUGUGUCAGAGGAUGUCACAGACAGGCUUUUCCAAUCUCUCCCAUGGCACCGAGUUCAUGCAUUCUGUCCAAGGUGCCAUUUACAUGCCAAUAUGUUCUGUUGGUCACCCUCCUGGAGUUCAACAACCAGGCCAACCACACACUCUUUGAUGGGGCCCUGGGAGUGAGUAGGCACCUCUGUUGGUAAGAAGACUUCAUCAGGUUUCAUGGAAAAGCUUUGAAGGUUCUGUCCUUGUAUGCUCAAGCUGAAUGAAGCGGAAUUUCUGCAAGGUGUAGUGGUUUCAAACAGCAGUGUCUAGUUUAAUUAUGAGAAGCCCUCUUGGUAAUCACACUCAACACCUGCUGCCAUUUUUUUACUUCAUUUUACUAAUGAGAAAGUAUUUAAUUAUGUUGUCUUGUCAUUUUCCUUUUCAAGUGCUAGUAAUGGGCCCAGGGAUAAGUUUGUCAUUAAGAACUUUGAUUUGGUUCAAAGGUUCUGGCUUGAACUUCUGACUUGGUCUUGGAUGAGCUGCUUGGUGUCUCUGGACCCUGAUUAUUCUUUUGUAGUGGCAAUAAAUGCAUCUUUUUCACCUUUUGUCUAGUCAGUGUUAGCCAAGUGAAACGGAAGCUGGCAGAUGGCAUCUGAUCACUUCCUGUGAACACAUUAGAAGAGAGGGAGAAGAGCUACUUAAGCUAAGCAACAGUUCUGGCAGAACAAAUGCCUAUAAAUAGAAGGGGAUAAAUUUGAGAUGGAAAUUCAAAGAAAGUUUCUUCUCAUCAACUGUUGAACAGUUGAGCAGUCUUCCAAGAUGAGUCAAGGUUGAGAAAGACCUGGUACAUAAGUAUUUCCCAGAAAUUGCAUCAUUUUACCUCAUGAGACAGUGAAAUCCGAGUGGAAAGAAGAUGAUGGGGAUCAUUAGUAGUUUUGCCAGGUUGCCAGAUGGAUGCCAGAGACAAGCAGCUUUUACGCUCCCUGCGCCUGGAGCUCUGCACAGAGGUGCUGGUGGAUGGACUUGUUAUUCAGUAUCUCUACCAAGAGGGGAUUCUCACGGACAGUCAUGUUCAAGAAAUAAAAGCCCAAACCACUAGCCAGAGGAAAACCAUGAUGCUCCUUGAUAUUCUCCCUACCAGAGGACCCAAAGCUUUUGACGCGUUCUUGGAUUCCUUACAGGAGUUCCCGUGGGUUAAGGACAAGCUGAUGCUGAAGCGGAAGGAAAUGACAAUACAAGAUCCUUCAGACAUACCUGAAGUUGCACCAUGCAUUUUGAAGAUGUCACCGACUGAUCAGCAGUUGAACAAGCUGGCGAGGAGGCUGGGACCUGAAUGGGAGCAUAUAGUUUUGUGCUUGGGUUUGUCCCAUACUGACAUCUAUCGAUGUAAAGUCAAUCACCCUCACAACCUGCAGUCACAGAUCGUAGCUGCAUUUGUCCUGUGGAAACAGCGUUUGGGGAAAAAAGCGACAAUCCAAAGACUGCACGCCAGUCUGAUGGCAGAGGAAGUGGAUCCUUCGGUGAUACAGUACAUGCUUGAGUGAAAACAUGCUAUUUAUUCAGUGCUUCCACACAUUUCUAUAAAUUAAGUGAAGAGGAUGGAAAUGUAUGUUGAAGAUCGGAUGUCUCAAACUGUAAAAAAUGUGAGAUUGGGAUCUGUGAUUUUAUUAAGCUUAAACAUUCCAGUUUUCUGUGGCAUCUUAUGACUUGUAAUUCUUUUCAUGCCAGAUUAAUUUUUAGCAGACAUUAAAAAAUGGAUCACUCUUU